AUGCGGUCUGUGCCUCAUUUAAACAGCCAGAAAUCUAAAGCCAUUGACGAGGCUAACGUGCACGGCAUAUCUACAGAGCUCGCCAAGAAGUACAACAUUCACCGCACGACGCUGUAUCGAUGGGUGAAACCUCAAGUAAAGAUCAAGGCUGCUCGCCCUACGAAGAAGUUUGCGGUUGAUACGCACCGAGGUCCGUCUAUUAAGUAUCCAGAACUGAGAAAAGGCGGGCGCUUCGAGCCACGAUUGCUCUAUGAGAGAACAGAGCGUGCAGCAGUGGAGUAUUUGCGGCGUUUUAGACUCCGAAACAGGUUCUCCACUGUUGCUACUGCUUUUGGAGCAAGCAUGCACUGGUCGACUGAAAAUAGCAGUAUUAAAAUCAUGCUUUCCGGGACUCAGCAAGUAAAAAAAAUGCUGCCGCUUAUUGUUUUUGCCGGCAUUCCUAACGCCGACGUGCGUGAUGAGCUUACAAACCACCCUUUGCAUCAAGAUCGUGUUAUACUCACGGUGCAACGGAAGGCGUACUGUGACGAAUGCGUGAUGCUAGAAUGGAUCGAUGAGUCUGAAAACGCAUAA